ACAAUUGGGCCCCGGAAUCCUCGCGCACCAAGGUUGUGCUGCGGCUGCGCUGGCCUCCCAUCCCUUAUAAGAGCGUCGCGCUCGGCAUUUAACCAUGCCUCCCACCCGGGACGCCUUCCAGCCUUCUAGGUUGGAUAACGAUGAUUCUUACUUGGGAAAACUGCGGUCUUCCAAGAAACUCCCAUAUAAGAACCCAACUCAUCUUGCUCAGCAACAGGAACCCUGGAGACAGCUGAACUCAACUCUCACAAUCACCUCCAUGAGGCGGGAUGCCUAUUUUUUUGAUCCCCAGAUACCGAAGGAUGACCUGGAUUUCCGCUUAGCAGCCUUAUACAACCACCACACUGGGGUGUUCAAGAACAAAAAUGAGAUACUGUUGCACCAAGAAACCACCCAGGAUACUCAUGGAAUCCUCAAGAUCCCUAAAGAACUAUUACCCCCUCCUCCUCCACCUCCCAUCACAUCCCGGGCUAACUUCAGACAAUGGAUUAAUCCUAAGAAGGAGUCCAUCCACAGCAUCCAGGGAGCCAUCGUGUCCCCUCACACUGCAGCUACCAAUGGAGGCUACUCCCGAAAGAAUGAUGGUGGCUUCUUCUCCACCUAGUGUUGACAGGCCCCUGGACUAAUUAAUCAUAGUGGAACAUCCUGCCACCCACCUCCAUUAAAUAGAUUUGUGCAAGA